CGUGAAUGCUUGAGACUGGUUUCCCCACGCAAAACGGCGUUAUAUGUAAUAGAAGUUAUUGUACGCGCUUUUUUUGUCGUGCUAAUAAUGCAGAUUAUCGGUCAUGGAGCUUUUGAGAUGAAUAACUAUCUCUCUGAUGGGUUGUUAGCCUGUAGUUUGAUUGCAUAAUUGGAGCCACCAGCGUUGUCAGCCACCAUCUCAUUGCUCGCACUUGAACUGAACUCGCCCCUCAGCUAUUUGCGGGCAUGAAGAGGGGCACUGAUUGAAGAAAGAUGAAUGCAAGGAGGAGAGGUGGAAAGCCAAAGAGAGGAGGGGGAAAAUUACACAACUCAAAACGGGGAGGUGGAAUAGGUGGAAGUCGGAAAGGAGGAGCAGGUGGCUGGGAUGAAGAUGGAGAUUUCAGCCUUGAUUUUGGCCCCUCUCGUUUCAGCAGACCUGGUAAAGGACGAGGCAGUGGUGGUCGUGCCCCUGGCAAAGACCGAGCCCAUGACAGAGAUAGAAGAAGGGAUUCUGAAACCAGCGGGAAGACUUUCCCAAGGUCCCUGGUGAGUACGAGGAUAUGCUCAAAGUCAGCAGAUGGAAUCAAGGCAGAGGCAAGCAACAUGCCUUUGCAGAGGAUCUUCAUGACCAAUGAGAACCAAGAACAGCUCAAGGAGUUACUAAGGGAACUACAAACACAGGACUUUGAUGAGCCUUAUGAUGAAUCUGCCUCAGAUUAUUCAAAUGAGGAGGAAGAGGAAUUUGAUGAAUUGGAUCACCGUGAAGAAGGCCAGUUUUGGGCCACUAAUGACGAGCCCGUGGAGAGGGCAGAGAGCCCUGCUUAUGACCCGGAGAUUGAUGAUGACCGUCCCACCCCUGAGCCUCCUAUCUCCUUAUUUGCAAUUGGAAAACUCUGCAGAUAUGGAUUUGACAGGGAGCGCAGCAAACAGGCACUUGAGUCUGGUGGGGGAGAAUUUGGGGCUACCUUGGAAAAGCUCCUCCUCCAGGUUUUCAGUGAGCGCUAUGGACAGAAAGCAGUUUGCCCUGACGACCUCCAGGGGAUGCCAAUGGAUGAGUGCUUAAGCCAGAGGCAGGACGAGGCUCUGGCUCUAGCUGCUAUUUAUGGUGACCGCUUCAGUGAGCGCAUUGCCAACACAGUCUGGACUGUAACCCUGGAUCUUCCAUUCCUUUCAUCCAAUGCUGACAAGAGUGGAGAAAAGACUGCAGGUCGAAACUGGGGAGGAGCUGGGAAAAUUCGUGACAUCUGCAGAUUUUACCUGAAAGACCAAGGCUGCCGUUUUGGAGAGAGAUGCAGGUUCAGACAUGAACUGCCAGCAAAAGAGAGGCUUUGGAGUGAUUCUUCAGACCUGAAAGGCCCAAGCCAACCAGGCUUCAGCAGCUAUUCCCCUCCUGAGUAUGAGCUGGAGAUUCGCUUCCCCAAAGGAAACCGUUACCCUUAUCAGCCACCAAUCGUGGCCUUCAGCACCAAUGAUGAGUCUGUCAGGGCUGCAGGGAGGCUCAGUGUCACUGAAAGAUUAUUUGGAGAGGCAUUGACAGCAGCCAAGUGCAGCGAACCUGUUGUUUACACUCUGAUAAACUUGUGUGAGGAUGAAGUUAGCAUGAAAGAGCUGUUAGCUGUCAGUCAUCACAAAUACAGCACGCCACCACCUGUAGUGGCGCUUCCUCCACCCUCUUUCACUAGCUUAAAGCAUAGAAGCGUGAGGAACAGUCCCACUGAAGAAAGCAGGAGUAGCAGCACCAGCAGCAGUAAUUACACAAGCAGCAGAAAGCCUCCGAAUAACCAAAAACCCAUAGACUUGAAAGAAAGAAAAGAGACAGAGUUGGAUGAGAGGAAUGACGAUGGGGAGGAGGCUGUUCCAGUUGAGAGCGAAAGUUAUGUCAAUCUGAGAAAGAAGAUGGUGAAUAAGCACAAUCAGAAGGUGGACAACCUGCUGCAAGAAAACAGCAAGCUGUGCAGAGAGUUCCAGAAGAAACAGUCAUCCAGACGUUUCAAGUCCAUGCUGGAGCAGAGGAAGAACCUGCCAGCAUGGCAGGAAAAGGAGAAUAUCCUAGAUGUGUUGGACAGAUGUCAGGUGCUGGUGGUCAGUGGGAUGACUGGCUGUGGUAAGACCACUCAGAUUCCCCAGUUCAUUCUGGACGCCUCGCUGAGUGGUUCCCCUGUGCAGGUGGCCAACAUCAUCUGUACUCAGCCACGCCGUAUUUCUGCCAUCUCUGUGGCUCAGAGAGUGGCACAGGAGCGUGCAGAGAGUCUGGGCAACUCUGUGGGCUACCAGAUCCGGCUGGAGAGCAUUAGGACAUCAGCCACAAGACUGCUGUACUGCACCACGGGCGUGUUGCUGAGGAGACUGGAGGGCGACACCGACCUCAGAGGUGUCACACACGUCAUCGUGGAUGAGGUGCACGAGAGAACUGAGGAGAGUGACUUCCUGCUGUUGGUGCUGAAGGACUUAAUUAUUCAAAGGCCAGAGCUGAAGAUUAUUCUAAUGAGUGCCACUCUUAAUGCCAACCUCUUCUCUGACUAUUUCUACAACUGCCCUACUGUCCACAUACCAGGACGUACCUUCCCUGUUGACCAGUUUUUCCUUGAAGAUGCAAUUGCUAAAACUGGUUAUGUCAUUGAGGAUGGCAGCCCUUACAUGCGCUCAGGGAAACAAACUUCUUCUGCAAGUGGGGGAGGCAGAGGAGAGCUGAGGAAUGUGGUGGAUGACCUGGGCGAUGAUGUUUGGAACUUCAUGUCUUUCACUAAGAAGGACUUUGUGAAAGAUUCAAUCCCAGACCAGCAGCUCAGCCUGCAGGAGCUCACAGUCAGAUAUAAAGAUACUAAGAAGGCUGUGCUGAAGACCCUUGCUUCAAUGGACCUGGACAAGAUUAACAUGGACCUGGUGGAGAGUGUGCUGGAGUGGAUAGUUGAUGGAAAGCACAGCUACCCACCAGGUGCAGUACUGGUGUUUAUGCCAGGCCUUGCUGAGAUCAAGAUGCUCUAUGAGCAGCUGCAGUCCAACAGACUGUUCAACAACAGGGGCGCAUCCAGGUGUGUGGUGUGCCCUCUCCACUCAACCUUAUCCAAUGAGGAGCAGCAGGCAGUUUUCAGCCGGCCUCCAGAGGGUGUCACAAAGAUAAUCAUCUCCACCAACAUCGCUGAGACCUCGGUAACAAUUGACGACGUGGUGUAUGUUGUUGACUCUGGAAAGAUGAAGGAGAAGAGGUAUGAUGCAUCCAAAAGUAUGGAGAGCUUGGAGGAGUCGUGGGUUUCUCGGGCCAACGCACUACAGAGGAAGGGUCGAGCAGGUCGUGUGGCCUCGGGGGUCUGUUUCCACCUCUUCACUAGCCACUGCUUCCACCACCACCUGGCUGAGCAACAGCUGCCUGAGAUCCAGAGAGUGCCUCUAGAACAGCUUUGCCUCCGAAUCAAGAUCCUGGACGUGUUUGCCGAGCAGCCCCUGGAGUCUGUCUUCUCUCGGCUCAUUGAGCCUCCGGCAUUAGGGAGCAUGGAAGCAGCCAAGCAGCGCCUUCAGGACCUGGGGGCUCUGACUGCAGAUGAGAAGCUGACCCCUCUGGGCUACCACCUGGCCUGCUUGCCAGUUGACGUACGCAUCGGAAAACUCAUGCUGUUUGGUGCCAUCUUCCGCUGCCUCGACUCAGCACUUACCAUCGCUGCCAGUCUGGCCUUCAAAUCACCAUUUGUGUCUCCGUGGGAUAAGCGAGAGGAAGCCAAUGAGAAGAAACUUUCCUUUGCAGUGGCCAAUAGUGACCAUCUGGCUCUGUUACAGGCUUAUAAAGGGUGGUGCUGUGCUGCAAAGAAUGGGAACAAGGCCAGCUCCUUAUACUGCAGGGAGAACUUCCUGUCGUGGCGUAGCUUACAGGAGAUCGCCAGUCUGAAGAGACAGUUUGCCGAGUUGCUGUCUGACAUUGGCUUCAUCAAAGAGGGACUGAGUGCCAGGAUUAUUGAGCGCAUGUCCUCAAAAAGCACAGAUGGUGUUUUGGAGGCUACUGGUCAUGAGGCGAACCUCAACUCUGAAAAUAUCCGACUGAUGUCUGCCAUGCUGUGUGCCGCACUCUACCCCAAUGUGGUCCAGGUACGAGCUCCUCAAGGGAACUACAAGAUGACCAGCAAAGGAGCAAUGAAGAUGCAGCCCAAAGCCAAUGAGCUCCGCUUCAUGACCAAGAACGACGGCUGUGUCCAUGUGCAUCCCUCGUCUGUCAACUACACGGUGCGCCACUUUGACAGCCCCUACCUGGUUUACCAUGAGAAGGUAAAAACGAGCCGCGUUUUCAUCAGAGACUGCAGCAUGGUGUCCGUCUACCCGCUGGUACUGUUCGGAGGUGGUCAGGUCAACGUGGAGCUGCACAAAGGAGAGUUUGUCAUCUCCCUGGAUGAUGGAUGGAUCCGAUUUGCUGCAUCUUCACAUCAGGUGGCUGAGCUGGUGAGGGAGCUACGUUGGGAGCUGGACCAGCUUCUGGAAGACAAAAUCAGGAACCCGAGCAUGGAUUUGUGCAGGUGCCGCCGUGGCUCUCGCAUCAUCCACAUGAUUGUUCACCUCAUAAGCACCCAGUAGAUCUGCUCAAUGCCUCCUCUUUGACACGCUCAAGGGCUUAAAUGUGUGGAGCUCUGUCAUGUAAAUAAAAUUGUGCUCCUACGCCACUGCCACAGAAUUAUUCUACUGACAUAUUCUACUGGGUGGGAAAAAGUUGGACACUAGCUGCAACUUCACCUGUAUUUCUCAACCUUUGUCCAGGAAGUGAUGUCCACAGCUUGGAGGACACUUUGGCCACAUGGCAUUUUACCACAAGUGUGAUUUAUUCUGUUGCUGCAUACGGAGCUUUCCAAAUGACAUUUUGCCUUUAAAAAAGAAAACAGCUCUAUGCACGUGACAAAGUCCUACUUUGAUAUUUUCAGGAUGCAGCAAUAAGUAGGGUCUUGUGUUUUAAUGCCAAACUAUUACUAUAUGUGCCGUAAACUGGCAUGCGAUUGAUGUCAAAUAUAAUUGAUAAUUAUUUUGGGUUGUGUGUCUUGCUCACAACUGAGAGGUUUCUUGGGUCCAUACUGGAUUCUUUUAAACUAAAGUGACUGUUGGUGAGUAUUUAUAUGUAAAUGCAUGACAGAGAUCCAAGAGCUUCUGCAUGAUACUCAGUUGUUUUACAUUUGCUGAAUGUAUUUUAUUGUCAAAGUGAUGUCAAUCCUACACUUUCACAAUGUGAAUGCAAGGGCUUGUGAUAUCAGGACGGUUUGGUGGAAGUUGCCAAAGAACUUGAAAGCUGAUGUCUUAAUGAAUAAUAAACUCCACUGCACUCUGCACAAAAGUUAAGAUUAAAAUGAUGCUGGCAGA